AGGAUCACGUGACCGGAACAUUAUCGUCAGUUUCUUAGCUUGUCCUCAUAUUUGAUCUGCACACAAAAUACGCUGUUUGAUUUAUCUAUAGAUCUCUGGAAAACAAUGUCAUUUUGUUCAUUUUUCGGGAAGGAGGUUUAUAAAGAUCAUUUCAAACCCGGUAUAUAUGCUUGUUCCCAAUGUGGACAUCCACUCUUUUCAAGCAGAUCCAAAUAUGCCCAUUCCACCCCCUGGCCUGCCUUCACAGAGACUAUCCGAGAAGACAGUGUUACAAAAAUGACGGAGUCAUUAACAGCCUACAAGGUUCUGUGUGGUAAGUGUGGUAAUGGACUAGGCCAUGAGUUUCUGAAUGAUGGGCCGGAGGAGGGCUUAUCACGUUUUUGAAUAUUCAGUCACUCGCUCAAGUUUAUCCCAAAAGAUAAGGUUGAUAAACACUAAGCGAGGUGAUUGUCCAUGCUGAUGAGGCUGCUGUUGCUUGCACACUGGUAACCGGAUGUUCAGCUCAUGAAGUGGACAAGGAAAAGCCCCCUAUUGGAGGUCCUGUUCACAGAUAUAUUAUGACCGUCCGGGACACCACAGAGACUAAAGUAGUUGAUAUAUUUUUAUACUAGUCUGCAUAAGCUAAUACGAACAUUGCAAGAUUGCUCAUGAAUGAAUGAAAUUACUUACUGAUAAAACCAGUCUGGAAUAUUUCUGAUGUAAAAUGUCAAAAUGUCUCAAAUCAUUGAGAUUAUUAGGCAUAUUAUCAUAACAAUACAAUACAUUUAACAUUAUAAUAACAUUAUUAAUUUAUAUAUAAGGUAAACGGCCCCUGAAUGAAUAGAUGAUGCCGUUAAUGGGAAGACUAAUUGAAAAGUAAGUAAACAGCUUAACCACAGAUAUCACUGCUUAUCAUGUCAAAACCAAACUUGAAAUGGCCUGAAAACAUGAUGACUGGGUUUUGUUUUAGUGAGCAAUCAGCUUGGUGGAAUUAAAGGUACAUCUCUAUCGGACCAGCGUUUACUGAGUUUUGAUUGAUAAACUCAAAAUAAGAUGACUAUUGAAAACAACAACUGAACAUCAGUUCACAAAUAAAAUAUAUUGUGUAAAUUGUUA